AACGAGAAUUCGCCGCUGUUGUGUUUGGUGUCGUGUCACGAUCUUGGCACUAUUUGGAUCAAAUCAAUCAGGAAAAACACGAAAUUCCCCGAAGGCAAAAGGACCCAAAAGAUCAAAAAGGCGUUAUGGCCACUUGUUGAGUACUGAUUAGUAAAAGAAUAUAUGAUAUCCCAUUGAUAAAUCUUGCUAGAUAAUCUCUCCUCAUGCAGCUUCCUCCGGCUUUUUAACCUUUUGAGCGGUUACGCACACUGCACUGUUCCUCCCCACUCGCCGCCUUACACCUUCCCGUGUAAGCUCAAAUUUCGGGGUUCUGUCAGUGAUUGAGUGAGCUCAGGCAGUGGAAAAACCGGUUCUUGGAGUGGAAAUGUUGGAGCCCAGAAUCAAAGGAGCAGCCUUUGGCGCGUUUCUGCUUCUGGGUUCCUUGCUGGGGGCGGAAUCUGCCAUUGGGGUGAACUGGGGCACUGUGUCUUUCCACAAGCUGAAGCCCUCCGCGGUGGUGGAUCUCCUCAAGGACAACAAGAUCGAGAAGGUCAAGCUGUUCGAGGCAGAGCCCGAUGCGUUAAGGGCCUUGGCAGGGAGCGGGAUUCAGGUCAUGGUCGGGAUCCCGAACGACUUGCUGGCCAUUUUGAGCUCCUCCCCUGCUGCUUCUGAUCUCUGGGUCCGUCAGAAUGUCUCUGCCUACGUCGGCAAAGACGGUGUUGACAUUAGGUAUGUGGCAGUAGGAAAUGAGCCGUUUCUCACGAGCUAUGCGGGCCAAUACGUGAACUAUGUGGUCCCUACCCUUCUCAACCUCCAGCAGUCCUUGGCCAAGGCUAACCUUGCUGGUUCUGUUAAGCUGGUGGUCCCGUGCAAUGCCGAUGCUUAUGAGGCGAACCUUCCCUCCCAAGGAGCCUUCCGCCCUGAGCUCACUGAUAUCAUGACCCAGCUCGUCUCAUUCCUCAACACAAACGGCUCCCCGUUUGUUGUGAAUAUAUACCCAUUCCUCAGCCUCUAUGGGAGCUCCGAUUUUCCUCAAGAUUAUGCUUUCUUCGAGGGCACAACUCACCCUGUCACGGACGGGAAUAAUGUUUACACGAAUGCGUUUGAUGGGAACUUUGAUACACUAGUCGCGGCUCUUACCAAGAUUGGGUAUAGUCAGAUGCCAAUCGUGAUAGGUGAGGUGGGGUGGCCCACUGAUGGGGCUUUAAAUGCAAAUCUGUCAGCAGCUCGGGCAUUCAACCAAGGCCUUAUCAACCACGUCCUCAGUAACAGAGGAACUCCUCUGAGACCAGGAGUCCCUCCUAUGGAUGUCUAUCUGUUUAGUCUCCUGGAUGAAGGGGCAAAGAGUGUCCUUCCCGGUAAUUUUGAGAGGCACUGGGGGAUUUUCUCCUUCGAUGGUCAGGCGAAAUAUGCCCUAAACCUCGGGCGGGGAAGUAAGCUGUUAAAGAAUGCGAGGAAUGUCCAGUACUUGCCGUCUAGGUGGUGCAUUGCAGACCCAACUAAGGACCUAUCAAGCGUGGCGAACCACUUUAGACUUGCUUGUAGUGAAGCUGACUGCACGACUCUUAACUAUGGUGGUUCGUGCAAUGGGAUCGGAGCAAAGGGGAAUAUAUCAUACGCGUUCAACAGUUACUAUCAGCUUCGGAUGCAGAACUCUCAGAGCUGUGAUUUUGACGGGAUUGGGCUGGUCACUUUCCUCAAUCCUUCUGUCGGGGAGUGUAGGUUUCUCGUUGGGGUGACCGAUACGAGUUUUGCAAAAUUUAGAGCUUGUAGUAACAGAUUGAUUUAUUUAGUUUUGGUCUUGUGGGGGUUGCGGUUUCUCGGAGUUUAUUGAACGGGCCUUUCAUGCUGCUCUCUUAUAGUCAAAGAUGAAAGAAUAUUACAGCUAGAGUUAGACAUAAUGAAAUUAUUGUAGGGAGUGAUUGUAUCAUUUUAGAUAGAGAAUAUAUGAUCAGUAUUUAGUGGACCGUUCAUACCGAAUUAAUAUCAAGCUUUUUGAAAUAUUUCUA